CCUAGCGGCACUCUCUCUGACUUACAUAGCAUAAGACGGAACGACAAUCCACUUUGGAUCGUCGGUCCCCCAAGAGUCUAUCCAUCUUUCCUUUCUCUUUCCUCUUUUCCUCAUUCCCAGCCCACCAUCCUUUCCUCUUUCUCGUGAACGAACAGGUCCUCGUCACGCCGCCGCAACUUAACUUCUUGCGCCGAAGCCACGAAGUUUACGCGACGCAAUAUCCCGUACAUCAUUUCACCAUAUUUACAUAUCCGAAAUGUCUAACCCACCCCACGGCGGCGUCCUCAAGGACCUGAUCGCUCGCGAUCUCCCUCGCCAUGCUGAGCUCGAGGCUGAGGCCGAGACUCUUCCCGCUCUGCUCCUCUCUGAGCGUCAGCUUUGCGAUCUUGAGUUGAUCCUCAACGGUGGUUUCUCUCCUCUUGAAGGUUUCAUGAACCAGGAAGACUACAAUGGUGUCGUUAAGGAGAACCGCCUCGCUUCUGGCCUCCUCUUCUCCAUGCCCAUCACCCUCGAUGUGUCCGAGGAAACCAUCUCCGAGCUCGGCCUGAAGGCGGGCGCCCGUAUCACCUUGCGCGAUUUCCGCGACGACCGCAACCUCGCCAUCCUGACGGUGGAUGAUGUCUACAAGCCUGACAAGGCUCUUGAGGCCAAGGAGGUAUUUGGAGGAGACGAGGAGCACCCCGCUGUCAAGUUCCUUUACGAGACUACCAAGGAGUACUAUGUGGGUGGCAAGCUUGAGGCUGUCAACAAGCUCCAGCACUACGACUUCGUCGACCUUAGAUACUCGCCCGCGGAGAUCCGCACUCACUUCGACAAGCUCGGCUGGUCCCGAGUCGUUGCCUUCCAGACCCGUAACCCCAUGCACCGCGCCCACAGAGAGUUGACCGUCCGCGCUGCCCGUUCGCACCACGCCAACGUUCUCAUCCACCCCGUCGUCGGCUUGACCAAGCCCGGUGAUAUUGACCACUUUACCCGUGUGCGCGUCUACAAGGCUCUCCUUCCCAGAUACCCCAAUGGCAUGGCCGUCCUCGGUCUUCUUCCCCUUGCCAUGCGCAUGGGCGGUCCCCGCGAGGCCAUCUGGCACGCCAUCAUCCGCAAGAACCACGGUGCGACCCACUUCAUCGUUGGCCGUGACCACGCCGGUCCCGGCAAGAACAGCAAGGGUGUCGACUUCUACGGCCCUUACGAUGCGCAGUACGCCGUUGAGAAGUACCGUGACGAGCUCGGUAUCGAGGUCGUUCCCUUCCAGAUGAUGACCUACCUUCCGGACAGCGACGAGUACGCCCCCGUGGACCAGAUCCCCAAGGGCGUCCGUACUCUCAACAUCUCUGGAACCGAGUUGCGCGCUCGCCUCCGCAGUGGCCGUGAGAUUCCCGAGUGGUUUUCUUACCCCGAGGUUGUCAAGGUGCUGCGCGAGUCGCACCCUCCCCGCUCCCAGCAGGGCUUCACUGUUCUCUUUACCGGCUACCCGAACUCCGGCAAGGACCAGAUCGCCCGUGCCCUGCAAGUAACACUCAACCAGCAGGGUGGUCGUUCCGUGUCCUUGUUCCUCGGCGAGAACAUUCGCCACGAGCUGUCUUCCGAGCUGGGCUACAACCGCGAGGACCGCGACAAGAACAUUGCUCGCAUCGCCUUUGUUGCUUCUGAGCUGACCAGGUCCGGUGCCGCUGUCAUCGCCGCUCCGAUUGCCCCCUUCGAGAAGGCCCGCCAGAACGCCCGCGAAUUAGUUGAGAAGUACGGCGAUUUCUACCUCGUACACGUCGCCACCCCCCUCGAGUACUGCGAGAAGACCGACAAGAGAGGCAUCUACGCCAAGGCCCGCGCCGGCGAGAUCGAGAACUUCACCGGUGUUAAUGACCCAUAUGAGACCCCUGCCAAGCCUGAUCUUGUCGUUGACUGCGAGAAGCAAUCCGUGCGCUCCAUUGUCCAUCAGAUCAUUCUCUUGUUGGAGAGCCAGGGUCUCCUCGAUCGUUUCUAAACGGACUCUUCAGCAGUUGCAUGGCUUUGAGUAUGCCAAAAGACCAUCAAGUGCUGACUGGUCAAUGUGGCAACGGAAUGAUGACACAAAAACAGGAAAACUAAAAUGGGGUAAAAUCAAGACAAAGUGUAAAAAGGACAUUCCAGGAAUGAGGAACUGCUGGUUUCUAGCCCUAAAACGCCAUGCAGUAUCGCGGCGUUGAUGGGUGAAAGGGAUGGAUAUGGAGAUGACUCCAAGCGAUUUGAUGAUCAGAUAAUCCAAGGUAGAACAGAACAAAAGUGGGCUUCAAAGCCUUUUCUCUUUCUCGCGC